AGUGAGUGUGUGUGUGUCUGACCACGAGUGGGCAAAGAGCUCCUGCCAAGGGCUGUUUGUUGACUGUCCAAGUGGGUGGCUGACCAUGUGUGUGAGCAGUACUUGACAGCAGCAGGCACUGCCUGAAAUUUGUCUGGGGGCUGUGUGCUUGUGCUCGUGCUCCUGCUCAAAAAAGCUGCAGUGUUCUGAGAGAGAAAAGCCCUUCUACUCCCCUGGAGCCCUGCCCUGUGGCUUUCUCCUGCUUGAAGGUGGUGGUCCCUCUUCCCUGCUACCGUUUGCAGCCUUUGGGAAUGUGAUGGUGUCCUCUUCCGUGCUCUUGUGGUAGAACUUGCUGAAGUGAGUCACUGCCUGCCUGAUACUGUACAACGCUGGGGGCUUGGUGGUUCCUCUUCUAAAUCAAGGCUUCCUGUUCCCCUGAUGGAGGUGAUGGGAGAGAAGAUGAUCCUGCAGUCCAACAGGAUACAGAUUUGGUAAAGGUGUCUUCUAAAGCCCUGUGCUGGAGAUCAGAGUGCCUUUGAGCUUUCCCAAAGCUCACUGCAGCUUCCUGCAGGAACUGCCCAAAAUGUCCUUGGCCAAAUUUGGCAACAGAGCGGGCAGUUCUUGUGCCUCGGUGAUCAUACCAGGAGCUUUUCUCCCGUUCUUUGCAACUGCUGCCCUGGAGACUGAGAUGCACAAUUAGCCUGGAAGGAAGAACGGUGUCUCAGCUCCCCCUGCGCCCAGGUUCCGGCCCUGCCACACAUGCCCAACCAGGAGCGCUGAUCCUCGCCCCGCUCCCUCUCCCCAGGGCAGAGCGCCCGUCGGGGCGGGGGAGCGAGGGCCAGAGGGCCGCCCCGGGAGGAGGCGGCGGGGGCGGCCGAUGUCCCCUCGGUGUCCCGUCCCCCUUCGCGCUCCCGGCGGCUUUAAAGGCGGCGCGGGGCCGGGGCAGCAGCAGCAGCAGCAGCAUGGGGCGGUGGCUCGGCGUGCUGGGCUUGGGCUGCUGCCUGGCGCUGGCGCAGCUGCCGCUGCCCGCGGCCCCGCGGGGCCCCGCGCUCCGCCCGCGCCGGCAGCCGCGCCCCGGCGGCCGCUCCGCAGACACUGCCUGUAAGAACCGGCCUCUGGACCUCGUCUUCAUCGUAGACAGCUCCCGCAGCGUCCGGCCUGAAGAGUUUGAGAAGGUGAAAAUCUUCCUGUCAGAAAUGAUUGAUACCCUGGAUGUUGGUGAAAGAACGACGCGUGUGGCGGUCAUGAACUACGCCAGCACUGUCAAGGUGGAGUUUCCCCUCCGGACCUACUUUGACAAAGCCUCUCUGAAGGAGGCCGUGUCUCGCAUCGAGCCCUUGUCUGCUGGCACGAUGACCGGCCUUGCCAUCCAGACUGCCAUGGAAGAAGUCUUCACCGAGGAAAUGGGCACCCGGCCAGCCACCUUCAACAUCCCCAAGGUGGUCAUUGUUGUGACGGACGGACGGCCACAAGACCAGGUUCAAGACGUGGCGGCAAGGGCGCAGACAGCCGGCAUCGAGAUCUACGCGGUCGGGGUGGACCGGGCAGACAUGGAGUCCCUGAGGAUGAUGGCCAGCGAGCCUCUGGAUGAACACGUCUUCUAUGUGGAGACCUACGGUGUGAUCGAAAAGCUGACAUCCAGAUUCAGGGAGACUUUCUGUGCUGUGAACGUGUGUGCCCUGGGGACCCACGGCUGCCAGCAGCUCUGUGUGAGUCACGGGGCAUCCCACCUCUGUGACUGCUAUGAAGGAUACACCCUGAAUCCAGACAAGAGAACCUGCUCAGCUGUGGACGUGUGUGCAUCUGGGAGGCACGAGUGUGACCAGAUCUGUGUGAGUAACAAUGGGUCCUAUGUCUGUGACUGCUAUGAAGGCUACACCUUGAAUCCAGACAAGAAGACUUGCUCAGCCAUGGACAUGUGUGCUCCUGGGAGGCAUGACUGUGCCCAAGUCUGUGUGAGUAAUGAUGGAUCCUACAGCUGUGGCUGCUAUGAAGGAUACACUCUGAAUCCAGACAAGAAGACUUGCUCAGGAGCCAUAACGAGCAGUCUUGUAACUGAUGAAGAGUCCUGUAAGUGUGAAGCCAUAGCUGCCCUCCAGAACUCAGUGACCUCAUACCUUGAAGCUCUAUCCACAAAAUUAGAGGAAGUGUCUGAGAAGCUGCAGGCAUAUCAAGACAGACAGCAGAUUGUCUGAGCUAUCAUUUUGCUUUAUUUUAAAAUAAUUUUUCAGCCUUUUUAUUGUUUUCAGGAAGCUUUAUUUCAUUGCACAGCUUACAAAACAGCAGUGGUUUAUUAUUAUCGACAAACGUCAGGAAGACUUCAGGAAGACAAGAGUCUUGAAAACACAGUGACCCUGAGGAUCUUCAUGUUCAGUCACUUUAUAGCCAUGAAGCUACUCAUACCUGCUGUGCUUCAGUUUCUACUGCAGAUACUGCUUUUCUGUAGUAACUGCAUUUUUUAUUAUCUUACUUCAAAGUAAAUACAGAAAAAAAAAUGAAUGGAUACAGUCUAUCACAUUAUAUAAAACUUUGAAAUGGCAAGGCAGAAUGCAAAAAUGUGCCUAUGUCUUCUUUCAAUUAAUGGGAAAGUAAGUUGGGUUCUUGUAACUUAUUUUAAUAAAAUAUAAUAUGAUAUGCA